AGGAAUGAAUUAUUCAGUGGUGCACCUAGAUCUGCUAGAAAUUACGGCGGUGGAAUCAAUCAAUCAGCUUAUGAGGGUAUAGAUGAGGAAGGCGAGGGAGGCGGUGUAGCUAACGAAGAGGAGGAAGUCGAAGCUAUUAAACAACAAACAAGAUAUGUUAAAGAGGAUUCAAAGGAUAGUACUAGAAAUGCCUUACGUAUCGCGAGAGAGACAGAGGAGAAUGCUACGACAACGAUGAUGAAAUUAGGUGACCAGUCAGAGCGUAUUGCUGACACCGAGCGACAUCUCGAUCUUGCGAAAGCACACUCUAACAGAGCUGAAGAUAAAGCGAAGGAACUCAAAAAGCUCAAUAGGUCGAUCUUCAGACCAGUCAUCACAUGGAAGACGGACAGAAGACGACAAGAGAUCCAACAAAAGAUCGAAGACAGACAUGAAACUGAGCGUGAAGAGAGAGAGAAAGCACACGCUGAUGUAUUCGCAUCUAGGAAACGUGUAGAUGAAGCUAUUGAUCCUAGAAAGGGUGCUUUAAGAGGUUUCGGUGCUCUAGGUAGAAAAGCUCCCCAAGCGUCCAGUUCAGUUGAACGUUCUAAGUAUCAAUUUGAAGCAACUGCCAGUGAUGACGAAAUCGAAGAUGAAAUUGAUAGCAAUUUAGAUGAGAUAAGCCAGGCUGUUGGUAAUCUGAAGAGAUUUGCUAUUGCAUCCGGAGAAGAAGUUGAAACUCAAAAUACCCGUCUGGAUGAUAUUCACAAUAAAGCUGGUAGAUUGGAUGAUAAGAUAUUUAGAAAUACCGAAAAGCUUAAGAAGAUU